AUGUAUUUGGCUGAAUACCUUCCUAGAUUAGACUCGGUUAUAGUUACAGUGGAUAAUGAUUCAGACGGCUUGGAUAAAGUUAGGAUAGAGUCUGGGGAUAUCUUAGUAGGGGAUUAUAGAAUACCGACUCCCAUACAGGGAAAGCAAGACCCCAGGCUAACCAAAUUGAUAAACUAUAAGAAAACAAAGGAAACAGUCUCGUUAACGAUCAAGCUACCAGCAGGAGAACUGAGUGAGUCAUUUAUGAACUACUCAGUUCCCUCUUUAUCAUCUCCGGCGUCUACAUUUGUGCAGAAAUGGUCAGUACAGGAUUUGAAGAACAAGACAACUAUGGAUUCUGAGGGAAGGAAUCAAUUUUCUUUCAAAUGUCAUGCCUGUCAAGCCGUACUUGUAGACAGUGACCUGAAGUUUUUCGAUAUGCCAUCCGAACUUUGGUCAGAAAUGAUGGAGUUUUGGCAUUGUCAUAAACCAAAUGAGAAUAUGUCUGAUUUGAAAGAACGUCUGUGGUACAAGGGUAUUGUGAAACCAUCUAGCGACAAAGAAGUAGUUAUUGGGAGUUAUUAUUUGUUGAUACGACGGGGUCAAGUGGAAUAUGGAACCAUUUCCAUACAAGACGAUGGCUGCGUAUGUAAUCACUGCCAUGCCAACGUUGGCAAAUAUCUUGAAGAUAUAUCAGUUUUCAACCGAGAAAUGUACUUUAGACUCAAUAAAUGGGCUUUGGACUUACAAUAUGGAAGUAUAAAGGAACUGUAUCAACCGUAUAUUUACAUGUACAAUAUGUUUAUGGAUAAAAUCAAUUCUUUGGCGGUUCGAAAGUUUUCCAUCAAUGACAAAUUAUUUGUAUGGAUCAUUAAUAUUGGAGUGAACAUUUCAUGUGGAGGUAAAACACACUUUAAUACUUUGAAAAUAUUAUACUCAGAGUUAAAGGGUCAAGAAAAUGAUAUGAUUGAAGAAUUUACAGUUCCAACUAAUAUUUAUGAUGAAUUUGUUAAUAUUUUGAAUAAGAUACACAACACCUUACCAGAUACGAACAAGAUUAUGACGAUGAAAUCAGAUGAUAUAUCUCAAGUUUAUAGAAUUAGUUAUUUACCAAGUAAUUAA